UAUAUUGAGGCAUUCAAUUGUAAUAGAGCGAAAGAGUGAAACGAAUAAAAGGGAAAGAAAAAUAAUGGACGUAGCGCAUGUACUGCACAUGAAUGGAGGCGAUGGAGAAGCAAGCUAUGCAAGAAACUCCUUUCUUCAGCGAAAGGUGAUUUGCUUGACAAAAGGGAUGAGAGAGGAAGCCAUAAGGAAGGUGUAUUGCAGCAGAAGGCCGAGAAGCCUAGUCAUUGCAGACUUGGGUUGCUCUUCGGGACCCAACACUUUGCUUGUGGUAUCUGAGGUUAUCAUGGCGGUGGAGAAGCUUUGCAGAGAACUGAAGCAUGAUGAUGAGUCUCCAGAAUACCAGGUGUUGAUGAAUGAUCUUCCCGGGAACGAUUUCAACAACAUCUUCAAGUCGCUUGACUUAUUCGUAGAGCAGUUAAGUAAACAAGUGGAAGGUGGGGUUGGUCCAUGUUACUUCAGUGGGGUUCCUGGUUCUUUCUAUGGCAGGAUCUUUCCAACCAAGUCUUUGGAUUUUGUUCAUUCCUCUUACAGCCUUCAAUGGCUAUCUCAGGUUCCUGAAGGUGUAGUGAACAAUAAGGGGAAAAUUUACAUGGCGAGCACAAGUCCCUCAAACGUCUUCGAGGCCUAUUAUGAGCAAUUUCAAAGAGACUUCUCUUUGUUUCUCAAGUGUCGUGCUGAAGAGGUGGUUGAAGGGGGCUGUAUGAUUCUAACAUUUUUGGGAAGAAGAAGUGAUGACCCAUCUAGUAAAGAGUGUUGCUACAUUUGGGAACUUCUUGCCAUGGCUCUUAAUGAAAUGGUCUUCGAGGGUAUUAUAAAGGAAGAAGAAGUGGACAGAUUCAACAUCCCUCAAUACACACCAUCCCCAUCUGAAGUGAAAUCAGAGGUUAUGAAAGAAGGCUCAUUCAGCAUCGAUCGCUUAGAGGUUUCUGAAGUACAUUGGAAUCCUUUUAAUGAUGAUGGCUCCGAUGAUGGAGGAUACCAUGUUGCAAACCUCAUGCGCUCUGUUGCUGAACCUUUGCUAACCACCCACUUUGGAGAAGCCAUAAUCGAAGAUGCUUUUUGCCGCUACCGAAGAAUCUUAACCCGUAUUAUGUCUAAGGAGACAACUAUGUUUAUUAAUGUCACUGUUUCCAUGACACGAACUGCAUCAUGAUUCAUGUGCCAACAAUAUGUUGCCAUGGUUCACUUUAUUUUGCUAGCA